AAACAACUGCCCGGAAGUAGUAUCGUUUUUCCGGCUGCUGCCGACGGACGCGGAGCAAAACAGACUCCUGUGUUCGUAGCCGUUAGCUCUGUUAGCCCCGUUAGCUUCUUCCUGUCUGUUUUUAGUUUUCGUUGAAUAUGGGGGAGGCAGAUGUGACGCUGAAUCAGACCGACGAGAAGCCUCCGGACUCGGGGCUGGUUCCCGGGGAGGACUCGGUGGUCUGGAGCCACGAGGUGGAAGUGUGUCUGUUCCACGCGAUGAUCGGACACAAACCCGUCGGAGUGAACCGUCACUUCCACAUGAUCUGCAUCAGAGAUAAGUUCAGUCAGAACAUCGGUCGGCAGGUUUCCUCUUCCGUCAUCUGGGAUCAUCUGGGAACCAUGUACGACAUGCAGGCUCUGAUGCAGCAUGAGUCGGAGAUAUUGCCAUUUCCAAACACAGAAAAGAGCUUCUCUCUGCCGGAUGACAUCAUCCAGGAAGUAAAAGAAGGGAAGCUGGGCUCUGAGGAGGAGACCAAAGAGGAGUUCAGGAUGGAGAGAGAACCUCCAGCUACACAUGAAGAAGGCAGCAACUCAUCGGUGAAGAUGUCAGAGCGAACGAGCAGCAUUCGGGACAAAGAGCGCGAGCGGGACAAGGAGAAGGGAGGGAGCGAAGGAAUAACUGCCUCAGGAGGAGGAGGAGGAGGAGGAGGAGGCGAGGAGACAGUACGUUCGGGGUUGACCUGGGUACCCGAACGCAGCCGCGGCUCGCUGGUCCACGCCACGAUGGCGAGUCGUCGGUCGAUCGGAGAGUUUUCUGGGAUCGGUGUCGGAGACGUUUCCCAGGACCACGGCCUCAGAGAAGUCGGGAUAAAAGAGUUUCUGAGUCUAUUGGACCUGCAUCUGGGCAUGGAGUACCUACGGCCUGAGGGAAGUGACUUAAACUGGCAGGACGAGGGGGGGUUUGGGUCAGCUGAUGAGGAUCAGGCCUUCUUGGCCACUCUGUUGGAGUAG